AUGUUCAACGGAUCUGGAGCAUCGUUUGAAAACUCUACCAGACGCCGUAGACACUCGGACGUCCAGGAAGGUGGCCAAUGGAGAGGUGCAGGCAACCUACCAAUCAGUGAGGAGGCUGUGAAUGCUGGUGGCUAUGCAACCCCACAGUGCGAACCAAUCACAGUGCCAAUUUGCAGUGGCGCCUUCUACGAAUUCACCCGCAUGCCCAACAUCCUUAACCACGAGACUCAAGAAGAGGCCGGCUUGGAGGUCCUUCAUUACUACUUUGUGUACUCUCCUCUUCCACCACCACCACCACCACCACCACCACCACCACCACCACCACCACCACCACCACCACCACCACCACCA